UUUUAAUUGCGGUAAAAGAUAUGAUAUAAAAGAGGUGUGUCAGAGCGUACAAAGCAACAUUUACAACGAUUCUUUUAAACAUGGCUGUUCUACAUUUUGUGCUGCUUUCGUUUGUUCUCUUUAUCAGCGUUUCAAAUGGAAUGGCAUCCGGCAGGUACAAGCGGGCGCCAUUUUGUAAGACCCGGAUUGAUCUUGCUUUUGUUAUUGACUCCUCCAGAAGUAUUUCAAGAAACGAUUUCGAAAAACAAAUACAAUUUGUAAAUGACAUCGUCGACUUUCUUGAUGUUGGUUCAGACGAGACUAGAGUUGCUGCGGUAUCUUUCAGUAAUCACCUGUUUCCUCAAUUUGGAUUUAACGAUUAUACAACCAAGACUGAUGUGCUUGGUGCCAUCAACGGCAUUAAGCAUUCCAUGGGUGACGCAACUAGGACAUAUCUUGCUUUAGAACACACACAUCAAACACUGUUCGCACCUGGUAAUGGGGAACGACCUGAUGUAGUAGAUGUUGUUGUUGUCUUGACAGACGGAGCUACAAAUCCUGGCAGUUAUGAUAGGUUAUCUGGAAGCCAGGGAAAACAAAAGACCCAAAAUGAAGCAGCUAAAAUUAAAGAAAGAGGAGCUUAUAUAUUUGCCAUUGGUGUUGGAAGGGGGGUUGAUGUCAACGAACUCAAUGGAAUAUCCAGUGAUCCAGAUCAAAGAUUUACCAUCCAAGUGUCAGGUUUCAAUGAGUUAAAUUCAGAUGAAGUAAAGCAGAUGUUGCUAAAACGUGCAUGUGUUGAAAUAGAGACAACACCAGCACCAACACCCGCACCUACAACAACACCCGAACCUAAAAACCCAGACUGCGAGGAACUGUUGGCAGACAUUUUCUUUGUACUGGACCAAUCUUCAAGCAUAAAAACAGAAGCAAACUUCAACAAGACGUUACACUUCGUAACUGGUGUAAUCGAUUAUCUUCACGUAUCGCCAUCAGAAACACAAGUUGGAGCUCUUAAAUUUAGCGACAAACCCGAGAUUCAAUUUCAUUUAACAGACUAUACAGACAAGCAAGAAGCAGCAUCAGCCGUUUCAAGGAUAAAGUGGAAAGGAGGCAAUACCUACUUAGAUAAGGCAUUAAAAAUGUUGAGGACAGAAGGACUAAAUAAAGCAUAUGGUUCUAGAGAUGAUGUUCCACAAAUCGCUGUAAUCAUUACAGAUGGUGUCUCUACAAAUCCUUAUGAAACAAAGAACGAGCUGACAAAGCUUCACUCUCUGAACUACUUGUUAUUUGCCAUAGGAGUCGGACCUUAUAGAGACCCUGCUGAAUUAGCUGUUAUUGCUAACGACCCAGCCAAUGUUUUUGAAGUAGAAAGUCCAAAUGGACUGCAAGCCAUUCGAGAGUCUUUGGUGACGAGGAUUUGUGCCCAGGGUAUAAGUGCCUCAGUAGAAAAGAAAAAACCUUAAAAGACAUGGCUAUGAACACCUUACACAUUAAUACUCAGAGAAAUAGAAACGACAGAACGGAUGAACCAGUAGCAGGAUUUCAUGAACAUUGUAUAGUUUUACGUCGAUUUUUUGUUUGUAUAUAUGUAUUAAAUAUCAGCAUCGAAA